GACCACGUCAUGAUUUGUAAUCCCGUUGAUUUAUUUUGUACGGAUGACAGAUUGCUGGGAUACUCGCUCGUUGGUUAGAUUGACACCAUGCUCGUGCAAGUUGAAGGGGAAUAAAAAUCUCCCAGUGCUCUUUUUGAAGGGGUGUGUUCACAUGAAAGUUGGAGACCAACGCAAUAACGAUUGUGUUGUAAAGUGUAUCAGCGGUGUUGCAGGUGUAGGCACCGUGACAAAUUUCAGCAGUUCAAGAAUGGGGCUAGGCUACUAAGUCAGGUGUGUUGUAUUUUAAGAGCAGCUGAAAUUUACCACAGUAGUUCUACAGCCCACACACCACAGAUUUAACGAUGAAUUUGCUACAAUUGAAGGAACUGUCUCAGUCUGAUCUGUAUCGAAGGCGGCAGGAGCGGCAUGACAGCAUUGUAACUGCUGUUUUAGAGACGAGGAAGUUAAGCAACAUGGCAAAUGCUCUGGCUAAUGCCAUGUGCGAGCGAUGCAAAAGUGGCUUUGAACCAGCGGAGAGGAUUGUGAACAGCAACGGAGAGUUGUAUCAUGAGCAGUGUUUUGUAUGUGCUCAAUGCUUCCAGCAGUUCCCAGAAGGCCUGUUCUAUGAGUUUGAAGGGCGAAAAUACUGCGAACAUGAUUUUCAGAUGCUUUUUGCACCCUGUUGUCAUCAGUGUGGUGAGUUCAUUAUUGGCCGAGUGAUUAAAGCCAUGAACAAUAGUUGGCAUCCAGAAUGUUUCCGCUGUGACCUCUGCCAACAGAUUCUUGCAGACAUUGGAUUUGUAAAGAAUGCUGGGAGGCAUCUUUGCCGCCCAUGCCAUAACCGUGAAAAGGCCAGGGGUCUGGGGAAAUAUAUCUGCCAGAAAUGUCAUGCCAUUAUCGAUGAACACCCACUUAUAUUCAAGAAUGACCCUUAUCACCCUGAUCAUUUCAAUUGUGCAAACUGUGGAAAAGAGCUGACGGCUGAAGCUCGAGAGCUGAAAGGAGAACUGUAUUGCUUGCCAUGCCAUGAUAAAAUGGGUGUCCCCAUUUGUGGUGCUUGCCGAAGACCAAUUGAAGGACGUGUAGUCAAUGCAAUGGGCAAACAGUGGCAUGUGGAGCAUUUUGUAUGCGCCAAGUGUGAGAAACCUUUUUUGGGUCAUCGUCACUAUGAAAGGAAGGGAUUGGCUUAUUGUGAAACACACUAUAAUCAGCUAUUCGGUGAUGUUUGCUACCACUGUAACCGUGUGAUUGAAGGUGAUGUGGUAUCUGCUUUGAAUAAAGCUUGGUGUGUCAACUGUUUUGCCUGUUCAACUUGCAACACCAAGUUGACACUUAAAGACAAAUUUGUUGAAAUUGAUCUGAAACCAGUCUGUAAACACUGUUAUGAACGAUUGCCUGAAGAGUUAAAACGGCGACUUGCUAAACGGGAAAGGGAUGCAAAAGACAAACAGAAAAAGAAAAAAGGGAUGGAUAUCUGCCUGUAAGGAAUGUCUGUCUCUUCUCUUCUACCUUUGAAACAAGUUUGUGGAGUUUGAUAUGAAGCCUGUUUGUAAGAAAUGUUAUGAGAAAUUCCCUCUGGAGUUGAAGAAAAGACUGAAGAAACUGGCUGAAAGUGCUGGGCGCAAAUAAGGAGACCAAUGAGUAACAGCCAAUUUCCAGAAGACAUUGUUUCAGAUUCAAAAUUAUUUCCAAAUAGAGUAAACUCCAAUAAUCCAAUAAUUUACAUUCUGGAAAUCCUGGUGGUUUGGUAUCUGGCUCAGUGGAACUCCGGAUCCUGUGCACCCUUUAAACUCACUGGGACCUACAUUCCCGUGCUGGCUUUAAACUCUCUGGGACCUAUGUUCCUGUGCCGGCUUUAAACUCGCCGGGUAAACAUGAAGAUGCAUUAUUCUGCUGUGUAGCAUCUUAAGAAUAAAUCUUUGGAGUAUUAAUGGCAGUCAUCCAAUAUUCUGAAAUAUCUAUCAGUUCGGCACUACCAAAGUCCUGAGCUUGUUGGAUUAAAGAGUAUUACUGUAUUUACCUGUCAUUAAAUUAAUCUCCUAAAUUCAACCGAUUUUGAAAGUUACCACAGAAGAAUAGUUUUAACUUUGCAGAGCCAUAUCCUUUUGUUCAAUUUUAAAUUUAUUUUAAAAUAAUCGAUAUUUGAAGACACCAGACUGCAGUAGCUGGAAACUUGAGCAAAAAUAACAACUUGAUGGAGGAACUCAACGGGUCAGGCAAAAUCCAUAUUUGAAAGUUGUUUCCUCCAUCGUGUUGUGAUGCUACCCAAGUAUAACCAGGUUUGUUAAUUAAUUGGACUAUUUAAAUAUAACCUUUUUCCCUGAUUGUUCAGAAAUUACAAAACCAAUAUUGUCAGACUAUGUGAUCCAUCCUCAUUUUGUUUUGUAUACAGUAUUAUACCCUCCCCUUCCAUUAUCUGAGAUUGAGUAUGUGAAUAUAUUUUGGGAACCCAGAUUUCACAUCUCUGACAUAACAUCCUAAACACAUUGCACCAUGCUGCCAUCUCCAAAAAUGGUGAAUUGGAUUUUUUUUCCAAAAAUGGUACUAGUUAUAUGGUACAGGUUGUUAAACCUCCGAAUGCAUACCCAGCAAUUGAAAAUAGUGGAAAACUAACAGUAGAGGGAUUUAAUAUAUAAUCUAUUUCACGCAUGUAGAAACAAGGCUUAUAAUUCAGCAAUCCAAAACAUCUUGACGCAAUUUGAAAUGCUUCGAUUAGCAGCAUGUAACAAUGUAGUUUACUUUAUAUAUUUCACACUGUGCUUACACUACACCAAAUCAAUGCUUCUUUCACUCCACUAAAAUAAAUUUAUGGAUUUAUAGACAUGCGAUCAAAUGAAAGAGAAGCACAGUUCCACAUUCCUUCAUUGUGUACUGUAUUGUAUUGACCAGUAUAUUUCAAUGUAUAUUCAAAUGAUAUAUGCAUAUAAACCUUCACUAUUUUUGUACAGUUUAUAAUCAUUUUAAGAUAUUGAUUGUAAGACUAUGCAUUAUUCAGAAAUAACUGGAAUAUCUUGUGCAUGAGAACUGCUUGUCAAGAUCAAUGAGCAACUUUAAAACAUGCAAGGAUUAUGCACUUGGUAGGAUUUAAUUUUGAAAACUACUACAAGGUUUAAAAUAGAACACCUAAAUAAUUCAAGGUGUUAAUUACACCAACUGUCAUCGAGUGGCCUCCUUGUACAUUUAUGACUGAUAUCUCGCACAUUAAUAUUUCAAGUAAAAAGGCACUGUAACAACAACUGCAGGACUCAGUUUUGACAGAAAAUAGUUCUGUUUGCAUGCUUUUAAAUUGUACAAUUUGUUUAUUGCUUAACGUAUUUAGCAUGGUAGAUAACUGUAAUACAACAAAGGAAUAAAUCCAAUGGUUUCCCUACAAAUACUUGAAAGCAAAACUGGUCAACUGCUACAUUUAUAUCUUUUAAUGUUCUGCAAAAAAUAUUUUUAACGCUCCAGGAAAACUUGAUUGCUAAAAUAAAGUGGACUGGUAUAUCUACAGAGUAUUUGUUCUUGCUCCUUUAUAGUUUGAGGUGCUUUACAAACUAUAAUCGAUGCAAAAUUUGUACUGUUUUAUAAGGUUUAAGUUAAUGCAAAUACUAAAACUAUUGGACAUGCUAACAGUUUGCAGUAACUUUUUUUUGGUAUAUUUCAACAUAUUAAUUGAAAUGCUGGUGCUACAUAAUGAGAUGACCUAAAAACGAGUUCAUCUCAAAUUUUAGUUUUCUAAUUAGUCACUGAUACAUUCUCGUGGAAGUUAUGAAAUGCCAUCAGUACAUUAAUUUCUUAAACUAAAGAUGUUUGUCCGGUUGAGUGGGGAAGCGCAACUGAAUUUAUUUUCUUAUUAAAGAAUGUAUUUUUUUGUGUAUCACCCAUACAGUGCCCUAGUAUUCAGUAUUAUGUAAUAAAAGAUAUAUAUUGUGAAUCGUU